UUCAACAUGGAGGCCAUGACCAAGUGGCUGAGUUUGUUGCUGCUAUUCGUAGGAGCAUGCUGCAGUCAUCUGGUACUACCACAGGCCCCAGUAAGAAACUUCACUAUAGAUUAUGACAAGAAUACAUUCCUGAAGGAUGGGAAGCCGUUCCGCUAUGUGUCCGGGAGUAUCCACUACAGUCGAGUCCCACAGGAUUACUGGCUGGAUAGGCUCCUUAAGAUGUAUGCUGCCGGGCUGAACGCCAUACAAGUGUACAUUCCGUGGAAUAUCCACCAGACUAAGAACGGACAUGUGUAUGAUUUCACCGGUCAGCAAGACUUUGUCCAGUUUAUAACUAUGGCCAAUGAUGUCGGACUACUGGUCAUCCUGCGACCAGGACCAUUUAUCUGUGCUGAGUGGGACUUUGGAGGUCUACCAGCAUGGAUACUGAAGGAAAAUCCUAAAACAGUUUUCAGAUCUAUGGAUCCAACCUACAUAAAGUUUGUUGAUCAGUGGUUUGAUGUCCUUAUGCCAAAGGUCAAGCCAUUGUUGUAUGUAAAUGGUGGACCUAUCAUAACAGUACAGAUAGAGAAUGAGUAUGGUAGUUACUUUGCCUGUGACCAUACCUACACAGAACACCUGAGGGACAAGGUCAUUUCUCACCUGGGCAAGGACGUGGUUCUCUUUACUACAGACAACGCUAUUGACCCCUUCAUUAAGUGUGGCAAGAUACCAGGGGUAUAUUCUACAAUAGACUUUGGUAUUACAGAGUUUGAAAAACCAACUGAUAAAUUUGAACAUCAGAGAAAAUUUGAACCAAAAGGUCCACUGGUGAAUUCUGAGUAUUACACUGGCUGGUUGGACUACUGGGGAACCAAACACCAGGUCAGAAGUACAGAAAAAGUCGCCCAAGAUCUCGAUGAGCUGCUUAGUUACGGGGCGAACGUUAACAUGUACAUGUUUGAAGGUGGAACAAACUUUGGAUAUUGGAAUGGUGCUAAUUAUUUUGUCUACCCGUUGUUUGACCCAGUUCCCACCAGUUAUGACUACGAUGCUCCUUUGACAGAAGCAGGGGACAUAACUCCAAAGUACCAUACUAUCAGGCAGGUCAUAUCAAAGUACAACUCUCUCCCUGAUGUCCCGAUACCCACAGCCUCACCAAAGGCUAAGUAUGGAACGGUCCAAAUGAAGUUUAUGGGGACUGUACAAGACCUCCUAGCACAUCUCAGUCCAACAGGAGUGGUGAACUCCACAUACCCACUCACAAUGGAGGCUAUCGGACAGAACCAAGGAUUUGCCCUGUACAGACAUAUCCUGAAGAAAGACAUCAACAUUAAAUCCAUUUUACAAGUGUCUGGUAUCAGAGACAGGGGGUACGUCACACUGGACAAUACUUCCAUUGGUAUUGUUGUCCGGGAAAAACAGCCAUUAUUGUUGAUGAGUGGGAAGAAAGGACAGGUGUUGGAUAUCCUGGUUGAGAACCAGGGUCACAUCAAUGUUGGCCGAGGCUUGACAGAAAACCUUAAGGGACUGACAGAAAAUGUCACACUGGGAGGUGAGGUACUGCAGGAUUGGGUUAUCUUUCCUGUUUUACCGGAUAAUAUCAACACAACUAUGAUAGCCCAACAGCGAGGAUCUCAGUUAGCUUUGGACACUAGGGUACCCUCUAUAUAUAUCGGACAUCUGACCAUCAGUGGGGAACCUCAAGAUACCUACCUGGACAUGACCGGAUGGACAAAGGGUCAAGCGUUAAUGGAGGGUGAGAUCAAUCUAGGUCGUUACUGGCCGACUGUUGGGCCCCAGGUGAGGAUGUAUGUCCCACGGCCGUACCUGCGUGGUCAGUCUCGCCUCAACACUCUUGUCAUGUUAGAACUGGAGAAGGCUCCAUGUGACUCAACUGCUGGUUCCUGUAGUGUUAGCUUUGUUGAUCAUCCUCUCAUCAACGGUACCACAACAAUAUUCUCAAGGACACAACGACCUUGUGAUAACUCCAAAAUGGCGGCAGCAAUAAAUUUGUUGGUUGUGACAUUGUGUCUUCCCGGUGUGAUCUUCAGUUUAUCAUCAAUAGUUACGGUCCCAGCCAAGAGUUUCAUUGUCGACUAUACAAAUAACACAUUCCUGAAGGAUGGAAAGCCAUUUCGCUAUGUAUCCGGGAGUAUCCACUACAGUCGGGUUCCCCAGGCCUACUGGAAAGACCGACUGCUUAAGAUGUAUGCGGCAGGGUUGGAUGCUAUUCAGAUAUAUAUUCCGUGGAAUAUUCAUCAGCCAUUGGAGAAUAAAUUUGACUUUGAGCGACAGAAUGAUGUUGUACAGUUCAUAUCCAUGGCCAAGGAGAUAGGAUUACUGGUUGUCCUGAGAGCUGGGCCAUAUAUUGAUGGCGAAUGGGAGUUUGGAGGACUGCCAGCCUGGAUACUUCAAAAGAACCCAAACACUGUUUUCAGAACAAUGGACCCAACAUACAUACACUACGUGGACCUGUGGUUUGAUAAGCUGCUCCCGAUGCUCCGCCCCCUCCUGUAUAGUAAUGGCGGCCCGGUGAUCAUGGUCCAGAUUGAGAACGAGUACGGGAGUUACUAUGCCUGCGAUAAGAACUACACCUCACAUCUUCGGGACAAAUUUGUCUCUCACUUCCAUGAUGAGGUCUUACUUUUUACAACUGACGGAACCUUAGAUUCUAACUUUAAGUGCGGACCUAUUCCUGGCAUUUUUGCGACUACAGACUUCGGAGUCACCUACACCCCAGAAAGAGGUUUUAGACCACUGAGAGGGUAUCAGCCCAAAGGACCGUUGGUGAACUCGGAGUUCUAUACAGGAUGGCUUGACCACUGGGGACACAGACAUGAGACUGUGAAUAGGAUACUGGUGUCAGUGAUGCUGGACCUUCUUCUGAACUACGGAGCCAGUGUAAACAUGUACAUGUUUGAGGGAGGAACAAAUUUUGGGUAUUGGAAUGGAGCUAAUGACCUGCCGUACUUGCCGGUCCCCACCAGUUACGACUACGAUGCACCACUGACAGAGGCAGGGGACAUAACUGAGAAAUUCAAGGACAUUUCUCAUGUCAUUUCCAAGUUUAAACCAUUGCCACAAAUUCCUUGCCCUCCGUCUACACCCAAGGCUAAAUAUGGACCUGUCCAGAUGCAUUUUGUCGGAUCAAUCCUGGACCUGCUUGAUCACCUAACACAUGGUCCACCAAUCAAAUCACUGUAUCCUGUUUCCAUGGAAGCCAUUGGUCAGUUCCAAGGAUUUAUGCUGUACAGACACACUCUGACUAGUGAUCUACAGAAGGGCACCGUUCUCAACGUCCCAGGAGUGAGGGACCGAGCCUACGUCAUGAUCAACAAGGUGUCUGUUGGUGUGUUGGUGAGAGACACGAAGAUGUCUCUCUCUGUUGUCGGUAUGAAGGGCCAGAAUCUCGAUAUACUGGUAGAAAAUCAGGGUCACAUCACAUUUAACAAGGGAAUCAACUACAAUUUAAAGGGUAUCAUACAGAAUGUUACUUUAGCUGGUCAAGUCGUACAGGGCUGGACGAUGUACCCCCUACAACUGGACAACUACUUCGCUCUAUCUCAGAAAGUCCUACGCUCAAACAAAUUCCGUAAGCCAGAUUUGACCUUUAACCCGAAUGUUCCAUCCCUGUAUAUGGGUGAACUGACCAUCACGACAGACGUCCAAGAUACAUACGUGGAUUUGACCGGAUGGAGAAAGGGCCAAGUGUUUAUCAAAUCCCAGGCAGUGGUCAACUUGGGGCGGUACUGGCCCCUCAAGGGUCCCCAGGUCCGCCUGUUUGUUCCGGGGCCUUACCUACAGGGAGGUUCUAAAGCUAAUCAGAUACUGUUGGUGGAACUGGAGGGAAGUCCAUGUGUAUCAAAUCAAACUUGUGUGGUAAAAUUUGUAGACACGCCUCUCAUCAACGGACCUGUCACAGGAGGCAAGGGAAAUUGGUCUAGUGAUGGCAUACACUAAAAGUUGAAUUUUGUUCGCAAUUUUGUCAGAGGACUCAGGAAUGUGAUAUAGAUAUAUAUGUGUUGGAGAUCAACGGGAGAAAGACUUGGAGAACGACGAGUCAUAAACGUUACAUUCCUACCUAGUUAUAUACACAUUCCCAGGUUUCAACAUUGUCUCGGUGACUUUAAAUAUUGUGAUAAUUCAUCAGAUUUUCCUCUAGCCCCAACACCAGACAGUAGACACAUACCUAUGGGUAUGAUGGGUGGUCUAACAUCUGCUGUAGGAGAGACAGGAAAUCUUUAGUGCUAGUAACCUUGUUUAACGUCCUUUAUGUCUUUAACAUAUAAAUAUCUAAGCAGUUCAUGUAAGACUUAAUAUGAAUGUAUUUUUAUAAAAUUAUUUAAUUUGUCAUCCUUGUUCUCCUGUUGUUGUGGUGCGCUGGUAGUUCCUGUAAAUUGAAUACAACAUAUUAUGAAAUAUUAUAAAAGUUCUGCCAGACCCUAGGACUUUUCCAUGGUUAGGUUUCCUACUUGUACUUAUAUGCAAAUCAUUGAUGAAAUUGUAAUAGUUGUGUGUUACCUAUAAAUGGAAUUUAGGGAGUCUUACGAAUCGUAUCUGUGACUCUCUCAUUGGAGCCAUAUAUGAUGUUUUAAUCUAAGGAAAAUUUAGAGGUAUGGAAGUUAAGAAUAUUUAUACUUGUUAAUUUAAUACUUUAUUCCGUCUGUUAAUUGUAUGUUCUGUUAUUCCAUGUUUUAAACACAGUUUAUUGUGUUGAAUAGUCAUUUCAGCUCUGCUGUAUGAAAUAUUAUCUGUAUUGUUUUGUAUUGAAUAUUUGAAAGUUCAUUGAAAGAAAUAACUAUUUUAAAUACAGAAUAUUUAUGAAAAGGUAGUAAUACUGGAAAUUAACAAUAUAGCUAGUGUAUCUGAAAAUCUUACUGCAUUUAUGAAGGCCUUGAAAUUGAUGUUGUGUUCAAGUUAACAUCAGUUUCUUUGGAUAAUUAAUAUAAUUUUUUAAUUAUGUCUUGUGCCAAAAAAUCUUUACCGUGAUAAGUUUAAAGAAAUCCUUACGUUUCCAUGUGUACAGGUUUGUUUUGUGCCGAUAUUGUUAAAUAGAUACAUGUACAGUCAAACCAGCCUUAGUGACUACCUGAGUUAAACGACUUCCUCUCAUAUGUGACCAUAUUUUCCCCUCCCAAGAUUAUUUACUAUACUAGUUACCAGAACCUGGAUACAGAGACCACCUGUCACAUGGGACCUUUUCAUUUCCUCCCUUGGAAGGUCACAUAUCAGAUUUGACUGUACAUUUUUUGUGUAUAUUGUAUAGUACUGUAACCUUUCCGAUGCUGGUUACUAUUGAUUCUACAGUUAAUGUGCUGUAAUUUUAUCCUCCUUAUUUGUGGGACAUUUUUAGUACACCAUUCAUUCACAUGUUAUAAUGUUUUGAUUCUCUUUACUUGUAAUGAUAUUUUUAGUAUACUGUAUAUUAUUAUGUCAUACCGUGGCGUCUGGCAUCUGUCUGGCGUCCAUCAACAAUUACCUUGUGAACACGAUAACUCGAGGAAAUAUCAACUGAGUUUGAUGAAACUUUGUAUGCAGCCAUAUAUUGACAAGAUCUGUGACGAGUUUGAAAAUGGAAAAUAUUUAGCUUAUCCAGGUGAACGAUGCAGGCCCUCUGGGCCUCCUGUUAUAUUUACUCGAUAAUAACAACAUGAUAUGAUAAAAUUGAUUGAUGGUGACAGUUAUUGGUGACAUCUAAAUGCCCCUUUGCUUUAUCUUUAUGUCGAUAAAAAUAUCUCAAUUUUGCAAAUUUUUGGGUACUUACCCUUCUUCAGACAGAAAACCAUGCGACGAGACAGCUAAGUCACAUCCAUCAUGAAUCCCUCAUUUAUCUUAGUUCUUCACAAAGCACGGCCAACCCACCUUUGGUUAAAGUCAGACCUUGUGUUAUCCAAUCCCUCUGAACGGCUUUUCACCUGGGCCUAGGAUUCUGACUUACCUCCUAAUACCAGGUAGGACCUGUCCUGGUGAGUGAACCAGGUGUACAGGGUGGCACUCCAAUUUCUAUCCCCUGUGUGGGGGAAGACAGUGAUGCAGCCGUGCACCUGUUUCAUUUUAGGCCAUAAUAUUUGAUAAUAAAGAAUCUCUCACUCCUUCACAUGGAAGUCUAGUUUGAAGUAUUUAAUGUAAUUAUAGUGACUGAAUGUUUGACAGCACAAUUAAUUCUCUAUUGAGAGGAUAUAAUUUUAUUGGAACAUAAUUAAUCAUAUUUCUAUACCCAGACUAUUGUGUCUAGUUUGAAUAUGUCUCUCAUUGGAUUGCAGCGGCAGAGGUACCAUAGUUAUCUGCAAAUAAGCCCCCUUCAUUUUUGCAGAAUCAUACAUUUUAUAAGUAUCGUAAGCUGAAAGUAGUUUACAAAUAAACCCUUCCCACCCUUAAAUACAUGUAUAAUUAUAUAUAUGUUCAUAUACAUGGUUCAUGGUUGUUAUUUCAACUACUGCCAAAAGUACUAGUCUUACUGCAUCUUAUUGUAUUUUCUAGUACUGUUUAUAUAUCAUGUGAUUGUAUUUGUAUUAUCUGUGUCUUGAUAAAGGGGAGGAUUGCCUCAGAAAUUUGACAUUUUUCAUGUCCACACUGUUAGAAUUACUUCUUUGCCCGAUAUAUAUAUAAUUAUAUAUACAUGUAUGUACAUUUGUACUAAACCUUUUCAUAAAGGGGCGUGGGCUCAUUAGAUGAUAAAUAAGGUACUAUGAGGAUAAAUAACUAAAGGUUCUUAAGUUAUCACUAGGGGAGGGGGCUUAUUUGAGGAUAACUAUGGAUAACUUUACCACUAGGGGAGGGGGCUUGUUUGAGUAUAACUAUGGAUAACUUUACCACUAGGGGAGGGGGCUUGUUUGAGCAUAAUAAUGGUAAUCAACUUUCACUCUAGGGGAGGGGGCUUAUUUGAGUAUAACUAUGGUAAUCUUUUACACGAGGGGAGGGGGCUUGUUUGAGGACAACUAUUGAUAACUUUUACACCACAAGAUGGGGCUUAUUUGAGUAUAACUAUGUUUCUUAACUUUUACACUUAGGGAGGGGGCUAGUUUUAGGAUGAAUAUGAUAAUAAACUUUUACACUAGGGGAGGUAGCUUAUUUGAGGAUAACUAUGUUUCUUAACUUUUACACUAGGGGAGGGGGCUUAUUUGAGUAUAACUAUGGUAAUCAACUUUUACACGAGGGGAGGGGGCUUGUUUGAGUAUAACUAUAGUGCUCCACUUUUACACCACAAGAUGGGGAUUAUUUGAGGAUAUAUAAAUUAUUACAUAAACUCAAGUUCUCUAGGGAAUAUACAUUGUACAGAUCUGAUGAUUGGAACAUUUGUGACCAGAGAUUGCAGUUACUAUUGGUUGGUUUUAUAUAGGUGCUACCACAGUGUAACAUAUUGCUGAACAUUUAAUAGACCCCUAAUGAUGUUAGUACACCGGUCCCACCUUAUAGCAUACCUCAUUAUUUAAUUAUACACAAAGAUUCCCAUCCAUGCAAUAAAUUAUAUUUUUAGAAUUAUUGUACAAAUUAAUUUAUGAUAUAUUGAAAAAUAAAAUGAAUACAUCAGACCUAA